AUGAAGGCAACGGCCAUUUACGCGUGCAUUGCUGAAAACCCUGGGGAGAUCACAUUCGAUGCUGGCGACAUCCUGACUAGCGUGCAGCCAUCGAGCGAGGAAGGCUGGUUUGAGGGCACUGUGGCGGGCCAGCGCGGCCUGUUCCCAGUAGUCUACGCAGAGCUGACGCCAGAAGCAGGCGACAGCAUGGAUAUUUUGGCCAAGCUUCAGAAGGACGGUUUGCUGUCAUCUACACUGCAGUUGGAGGCAUUCAAGCAGGAAACUGAACCCAUCAGAGCUGCUGCUCCGGCUCUGCCGGUCAAACCAGCGCUGGCCCCUAAACCAACACUUGCACCAAAGCCUGCGCUGGCUCCUAAACCCACACCAGCGCCCAAACCCCCGCUGGCUCCCAAGCCAGCAGUCGCGACAAAGUCAUUGUUUGGCGGCAAGCCAACGGUAGCACUGAAGCCCCAGUCGUUCAAACCAGCAGCUCCACAGCCAACCAAGGCCUCACCGCCCCCUCUGCCACACAAGCCGCUCAUUUAUGACACCAGCAACACCAGCGACCGCCAUCAGAAGGAGCGCGAUGCUGCUGCCGAGUGGGAGGCUAGGCACCUAGGCAACAAACCAGCGGUGGCUAGCAAGCCAGUGUUUCUCGCAAACAAGACGCAGAAUGGAUCAAAGCCGCUACUACCUCAGAAACCAGCACAGUUAAUCAGCAGCGUCGGACAAACUACAGGCCCUGCGUUCGAGAAUGAUGCGCCAAGUCUGCCGUUUGAUGCGAAGCGCAGGCCAAUCCCUGCACCGCAGAAGCCAAUUGUGCAAAAGCAGAACCCAGCUGUGGAAAACGAUGCGCCAGCGCUGCCGUUUGAUCCGAAGCGGCGGCCGGUUCCACCGCCAAAGAAACCGGUGGUUCAGCUAAGGAGUCCUUCGCAGGAGAACGAUGCGCCAAUGUUGCCGUAUCACCCAAGUAGGCAGAUUGUACAGGAACCAGUGAAGCCAGUUGAAGAUAACAUCCAGCCACAUCCAGCAAACCUCAUCAGCAAGUUCAGCGGUGCGGGAUUCGAGGACAACUUUGAUCCGAAGGCGCAUAUCCAGCAGCAGCAGCAGCAGCGGCAGUCCAACCAGCAGCAACCGGCCCCGAUGAUGCGCGGCUUGUCAGCUGCGCGGUCCGUGAUAGCCCCACCACCAGCAGUCCCCGCUGCAGCUUUACCCGGCGCGUACCAGCCACCGCCAUCGACUUUGGUUGGCUCAGGAAGCAUCCCACUCACUGCAGCAAAGGAAGUCAAGGGCACUGGGGUCCUGGGGCGGCGUCCAGUUCCUUCCCUGCCUCAAAAGGCCUCUUCCCUACGCGCGGUGCCACCCACUCCCUUGGGUGGCAGCCGCAGCAGCAGCGCAUACUCAUACAACUCGGCAGCUCCUUCAGACACGUCAUCCACUUACUCGACAGUGACAGUGCCACAGCCGCCACCAAAAUCCGAUGCUGCUCGCCGCGCCAUGACCAUGCGCAGCCCCCAGCAAAGCGCUCCCAGCUUGGUUCGUUCCAGUACUGCUGCCCACCAGCAGGCCCCACGUGCAGCCUCAAUCCAGCACAGCACAUACUCGGCCGCAAACGGCACCAUUCCCAGCGACGCUCUUGUCCGGUAUGGCCAUCUGUUCAAGCGGCUCGAUAAACAGGGGAAACGACUUGGGUAUCUGACGUCUGACCAAGUGCAGGCAGUAAUUGGGCGGUCCCGCCUCUCGGACGACCAGCUGCGCCGCAUCUGGGCACUGGCAGACCGCAACCUCGAUGGGCAGUUUGGCCCCGGCGAGUUCUUUAUCGCCAUGCACCUUGUCGACUCGGCACUGCGCAACGACCCAAUCCCAGCGACGCUGUCAGUUGAUCUUCUCAAUUCGGCAUAUGCCAAGUAA